AUGGCUGGGCUGGAGCUGUUGGUUGGGCUGGUUGGACUUCUGCUGCUGUCGGUGCAGGGCUGGGAGCGGAUCGACGACGCCAAGCUGAUCAGUCAGUACGAGGCCGGGCGCUGGACUGAUGCUCGGGGCUUUGCUUCGGAAGGUGUCGGCUAUGAGGAUGAUUUAGAGCCAAUUCCUGAAGAUGAACUUCCUGAGGUUGAAGGUGAUGCCACCAGUAACAUGGAUGAUUUUGCUGACUUUGGAUUCCAUGGGGCAGAUGACGGUCCUGUUUCAACUAACCUGCCCAGCAGUACAGAUCAAUAUGAGGAGGAAUUUGUGGAACCCCCACCAAGGAGAUGGACCAGUAGCACCAGUUUGGGCUCUAAAGGCCUCGAUGUUGUCUGUACUGAAAAUGGUUUUCAAAUUACUCUGCAGACAGGGCAGUUAAGUGACGUUAGAGUUUUGGGCUCAGCAGACUUGUUGCCUGUCAUGGAUGCUCCAGAGUCUUGUGGUUAUGAUGUGAACUCUCUCAGGAAUACUUUGACUGUACCUUUUGGUGGAUGCCAUGUAAAACAUACCGACAGCUACGGACUGGAGUUACUGUACGCCAAUGAGUUUGGUCAGACACAAGUUGCUACAGCGAAUUGUGAAGAGAGUCUGAAGUAUGACCCUGGCAUGCGCCCUCGCUCUGACCAACCUAAGGAAAAGUGCGCAAAUCCACCCGUUCUACCAGCACAAAAUUGUGCAGUCGCUUCUGGGGAAAAGGUGUCUUGUGGCGAUCCAGGAAUCUCCUCUGCAAAUUGUGAAAAGCUUGGAUGCUGUGUGGAUUCUGUUUCAUCAGUUUGCUACUAUCCACUGGAUGAGUGCACUGGAGAUCAGUACUUUGUGUUUGCCAUUCGCCUCAACUCUGCAUCCAUCCCUGUGGACCCCACCAAGCUUGUUAUUCCUGGAUAUCCAAAUUGUAAACCAGCCAUUGUUAAUGACCAGGUUGCCAUCUUCAAGUUUAAAGUUACAGAAUGUGGAGCUCGUUCCUAUGACGUGGGUGAGACAAAGAUCUACUUGGCUGAGGUGCAAACUGUUGUCACAGCUCUGAACCUCAAGUAUGGAGUAAUUACAAGAAAUGACCCACUCAAAUUCAUGGUUGAGUGCCGCUACAGCAAAGAUGGUGACGCUCAGCAGUCACUGGCCAGUGUUGGUUACAUGGUCAAGACCCCACUGUCCACGUUGCCAUCAUCAGUCAUUGCCGCCGGCUUGUAUAGUGUUCAGUUGAGAGUUGCUACAGAUAGUACGUACUCGAGUUACUUGACCACUUACAACCAACCCUUGCGCCUGCUCCUUGGCAAACCGGUGUAUCUUGAACUGCGGCUGAAUACUCCAUUACCAAAGGCCGUAAUUCUCGUCAACUACUGUCUAGCGUACCCUUUCUCUGCAAAGAAUGCACUUGUGCUUGUUUAUGAAAGAUGUGCCAACCCAUUUGACCCCAACGUGUCCAUCCUUCAAGUCAGCGACGCUACUAAAUCACGCUACACAAAGCGCUUAAUAGUCAAUGCCUUCCAGUUCAUGGAUCAAACGACAAACAAGUACCUUGAUGAAGAAAUUUAUUUCAUGUGCUCUACAGAAGUUUGUUUUCCAUCAGAAAGGACUUGUGUAGAGCAAUGCAUUUGA